UUUUUCUUCUCAUGCAAACACGAUCAAAGAAACGUGAGGAUGCCUCGGAACAGACAUCCACAUCCUUAGAGGCUGCAAAACCUGUAAAGAGAACAAAGCACACUAAAUCAACAGCAGAUAAAGAUCUAGAGCCAGUCAAAGCAUCCACAAAGCCUUCCAAAAAGAACUCCGCUGCAACUAAAGCUGUGAGUGAUACUGCCUGUGUUAACGCAAAUGGCACACGAACAAGUGUCUGGCUCAUGAAAUCUGAACCUGAUACAUUUAGUAUUGACGACUUGAUCAAAUCAGAAAACUCUACAUCACAUUGGGAUGGUGUCAGAAAUCAUGAAGCCAAGAAUCUAAUGAAAAAUAGUAUGAAGGUUGGAGACAGGGUAUUGUUUUACCAUUCAAAUACUAAAGAGCCAGGCAUUGUUGCUUUAGCCAGGAUUGCUCAAGAAGCUUAUCCAGAUCAUACGGCUCUAGACCCCAAGCACGAGUAUUAUGACGAGAAAUCCUCUAAGGAUGAUCCUCGGUGGUUCAUGGUUGAUGUCAAGUUUGAACGCAAGCUUAAGAGGAUACUAACGUUAAAAGAGCUCCAGCAGUACAAGGACAAGGAACUUUGCAACAUGAAACUGCUCAACAGAGGGCGAUUGUCCGUGCAGCCAGUGUCUGAUGAUGAGAUGGAGUUUAUCUUGAGAUUAGAGCAGAAGGAGAUGAUAGAGGAAUAGGCUUUAAUUUACCCUCGAAC